AUGGCGGAAGUGGAUGGUGGGAAAACCCUCAGCCUCUCUGAGCAAUAUUUAUUGAAGGAGAAGGAAGAAAAGUUUGAUGUGGGUCCAAAACCCGUGGAAGAGGUUAAGAAUCCUGUAGAUGCUGCCUCCGAGGAAGUUAUCGCUCAGGCUGCCCCUGUUGCUGUUGCAAGUAGUGAAGUUUCCCAAACUGCUGCUGAGGAAGGCAGCGGAGCCUCUGAUGUUGCUACUGGAGAGAGCACUGAAGCUACUCCUAAUGCUGGUGAAAGUCCCAGUGAAGCCUAUCCAGAUGCUGAAGAAAACAGUGAAAGUACUGAGCAAGAAUCAUCGGGUGAUCAAGGAGAGUCCGAAAAGACACCAGAGAUCAAGCUCGAGACAGCACCAGCAGACUUUCGUUUCCCAACUACAAAUCAGACCAGGCACUGCUUUACCCGCUAUGUUGAGUAUCACCGGUGCAUAGCUGCUAAGGGUGAUGGUGCUCCCGAGUGUGAUAAGUUUGCAAAAUAUUAUCGAUCUCUUUGCCCCGGGGAGUGGAUAGAUAGAUGGAAUGAGCAAAGGGAGAAUGGCACAUUUCCUGGGCCACUGUAG